AACCGACACCAUGUACAUUUAAUUCUACACCAAUGACUUUUAAUUCGACGUCAGUCAAUCAAUGUCGGUUUAAACUGACGCCAACUAAUUACCCAUAUUCAAACCCCUCUCUUUCCCAUUUCAUCCGUACUUUCAUUUCUCCCCAAAUUUCAGUCUUUCUUCUUCUCCUUCCCCACUUCAUCCUUGCGUCCCUUUCUUCCUCCUUUUCAGUUUUUACUCUUCUCCUUCCCCAUUUGCUAUGGAUCACCAUUUUGAAGAUCAACAUUAUGAGGAACUCCAAUUCGAAGAGGAAGAGCUCGAAGGAUCAACUCAACGGAUACGCGGACCCUCAAUUCCAAAUUGGAAAGAACAACCUUGUUCAUUUGAUUCGUCUAGAAAAUGCAUUCAUGAUAAUUCUAGUGUGUUUUCGAAACAUGUAGUGGCAGAGGUUAGAGAUUACAGAAAUAUUCCGAUGGUGGCAUACUGGAAUAAAGAAAAAACAAAGGAGAUUGCGGCAAAAAAUAAGCAUAAUCGGCAGUUGAAAACUAUGAACCACACAGUCGGUUCAAAAUCUUUUGCAAGAGUUCAGGAAUAAUUUGUAUGUGUUGUACAUUUUUAAGAAUUGUAGUUAAUUUUAAAUUUAAUGUAUAGUUGGUAGAAAUUUUAUUUUUAAUAUGAAGUUUACUUUAAAUUGUUUGUUUUUUAUUGACAUAUGGUGGGAAUUAUUUUUAUAUAAUUUUUUAAAUUAUUAUUAAUUAAAAAUUGACAUAGAUUUUUUUUUAUUAAUAUAUUUGGGGUCGCUUAUGGACGAGA